CCUGAAUCCUCGCUGCUGAUUGGCUGCUGGGCUUUGCCUCUGGACCUGUUGGAUAAAGGGACCAUUUUGUGAAGAAGCCCCCGCAUGCACUUGUUGUGUACAGAGGGCCAUGCGCUGGGGAGCAGCCUGUUACAUCCAUUAAAAAAAAAAAUCCCAGCCGAAGCCAAGCCACCAUGACGGGCAAACAAGGCGCAGUGUUGUCGGCAACUUUGAACCCCGUGGAGACACGAAGACCUCCUCUGGGUGCAAACGGAGGCAGCAGCGUCAACAACCAACAGCAGCCGGCCAAGACCACCGUGAUCCACCCGCCCAGCAGGUGCACGGGCUUCGGCAUCCAGGAGAUCCUGGGACUCAACAAGGAGCCCUCCUCGGCCCCCAGGAGCCCGCUGAGCUCCUUGCCGGCAGGGGCGCAUCUCAUCGCGGCCAGGUCCGUGCUGGGCCACGCCGGCGUGGGUGUCGGGAUGGGAUUAAUCGGCCCCGGUGGGAUUCCGGCGUUUUACCGCCAGCCCGCGUUUUUGGAGGGCGUGCUGGACCCGCAGGAUGUUCACUUGCGGCCGCAUAACACCUCUUCUGCAGGGCGGAUGGACGCCGGGCAGUCUGCAAGCUCCGACUCGGAGGAUUUGUCUUCCAGUGAAAGGAAACUGUCAAAGUCUUCAAUAGCUCAGAGCAAGAAACGCAAGAAAAGACGCCACAGGACCAUAUUCACCUCGUACCAGCUGGAGGAGCUGGAGAAGGCCUUUAACGAGGCCCAUUAUCCAGAUGUAUACGCACGAGAGAUGUUGGCCAUGAAAACGGAAUUACCCGAAGACAGAAUACAGGUGUGGUUUCAGAACCGCAGAGCCAAGUGGAGGAAGAGAGAGAAGUGCUGGGGUCGCAGCACCGUCAUGGCCGAGUACGGCCUCUACGGGGCCAUGGUCAGGCAUUCCAUCCCUCUGCCGGAGUCCAUCCUCAAGUCGGCCAAGGAUGGCAUCAUGGAGUCCUGUGCCCCCUGGUUGCUAGUUCAAGAUGGCUUACCAAUCAACAGACGCUAUUCUAAAUCUGAAUGCCCGCAACUCUUUGCAGGGAUGCACAAAAAAUCCAUGGAGACCCCGGCGCCCCCUCAACCGGCGGCCGCCAAUUGUGACGAGCCGCCGCCGCCGCGGCCCAGCUCUCAGAGGGCCGAAGACUCUGAGGUGGAGGAGAGGAGGCCGAAGUGCGAGUCAGCCAUUUCUAAAGAGGAACUGAGAGAGAACAGCAUCGCUGCCCUUAGGGCCAAAGCACAGGAGCACAGUGCCAAAGUGCUCGGGACGGUUUGUCACGACAGACUGGACAAGGACGAGCAGGAGAAGACCGGUGCACCUCGGAGUCCCGCCGAGGAGGUCCACAGCCCUUAAAGACUGAACACUCAAAGGCAGGGCGUUCACCUCUCAUUGGCUCUUCUAAAGCGCCCUGUAUCUGGACUCUCAUGAGGAUGACUCAUUGCUACGCAGAAGAUGCAGUUGCACUUUUUUUUUUGUCUACUUCCAAAUAUUUUGCAUUUUACAUCCUGAAUGGUGACAGUUUCAUUGCAAACCAUCCUGCCGAUGGUCCUCUUAAAGGAGGAGGAACGUCAUUGUUGUUCUGUGUCAUGCUGCAUCUCAGGGGUUGUCAAACUUUUUGGGUCCAGGAACCCCUGAUAGUGUAAAAACAAAAUAGAAGAAUCCCCUCAUAAUCUUGACACCAAUUCACCAUUCCUACAGAGAACUACCGAGAACUAAAUGCGAUGGGAAUUGCUUUUCAUCUUUUGAGAGUUUUAACCUAAAUAAUUCUGACCUGUUUCAAUGAAAGAAAUUUCCCAAAUUCAACUGAGUAAAGUCCGUAUUUAUCCAUUGUAGCUAGCUUACGUGGACUAUACUCCCACUAGUAAGUGUUGCCAUCUUCACGAUUUGGAAGCUAUAUUUAGCAACAUUUUUGAUCACUCUUGGAA